AAUUUCAGAAUUACUUUAUAAUAACCAGUCAUAUGGACAACUAUAUCAAAGUUAGCGAAGUAAACGUGCCAUGUUUAUCACCUUUUCCGACUGAAUUAACUAGUGGUACGAAAGAAAUGGUAGUGAAGGAAAAUACUAAAUUCAAAAAUAUUCUUACCUUUGUGGAUAAACUUUUCGAGGAUACAAAUUGUCGGAUGGUAGUUUUCAAGGGAGUUGGAGAAGCUACGGCAAAAUGCAUUUCAUGUGUGGAAGUGUUCAAAAGGAAUUAUAAGGAUGGAGUGCUGUAUCAGUGGAACAAAAUACUAUUCACACGACGAACUGAUUCUUGGUUACCAACGGUUGAAAGUUUAAGCAAAAUACUCGUCCAUGUAGAUGUUCCAACGAUUUUUAUUUUGAUUUCCAAGGAUCCUUUUCCGGAUGAUUGCAUCGAUGAAAGCUAUCAGAAUUCAUCUGUUGAAACAACUGGAUUUACAUCCGGCAAUGGGACGAUUCCAAACGGGUUAGAAUUACGACAACAAAAACCAAAACUUUCGCGAACAUCAGGGCCGAACAAGUGGAAUAGGCCACCCAAAAAAACUAUAAGACACAAAAACAGCAGCCUGUAUCUAAAGAUAAAUCAUGACAGAAGUCAAAGUCUUUUGUUGUAUCAAUGA